CAAUACACGAUGUAUACUUUUGAGAAAUGUAGAGACUAUGAUUCAGUAGAUGUGUUGUGUGCAUCAUCACGCGGACGGAGGCAAUCAACGGUUCUGUUAAAUUUGCUUCUGGUUUCAUGAAGUUCACCAUCUGCAAGCCGCCGAUGGCCGAUGCUAUCGGACUCUCCGGCCUGAGAUAUGGAGGAAGGUGGGAUGUUGAGCACCAUCUUCAGUUUCACAGAGAUGGGAAAUCGGAAAUCGAGACGGUGGGCGGAGAGGAGGCACGUGGCAUUGCUGCAUGCUCUGCAGAGCGGCAGGCGAGGCGAGCGGAGGUGUCCUGUAAUGUACUCUGAUGGUAUAUUUGGUUUGGGGAUCUAGGGAUUUGGAUUUUGUCAACACGUAGCUGAGAGAGAGGGGGUAAAACUCGAAGUAAGCAAAGACGGAAACCAAUUCAGCAGAUCAUCCUUCCAAGUUCCAAAUUAGUCCACCCGAAGUCACGGUCAGUAGCCGAACUGUUUUCUGCAAAUCUCAUCAACCAGGAUAUGGCGAAUGAGCUGGACGGCUUCCACUUCGAGCAGAACCACGGCAAGGCGAGAGUAAGGGUCGCCAGAGUCUGGCGGGCCGAUGGCGGCGGCGGUCACUCCAUGGUGGAAUGGAGCGUCAACAUCACCCUUUUUUCCGACUGCAUCAACGCUUACGUUCGUGACGACAACUCCGACAUCGUCGCCACCGACACCAUGAAAAACACCGUAAUUGACUUCACACCCGCUACUCGAUUUACCCUUUUGUUUCACCUCCGAUUCGGGAUCGUUGAGAUGAAUUGAAAUCCCGUUUCUGUUUCCCCCUUCACCACUAGGGAUGCAUUCACUCAUAUGUUUGAUAUUCCUAGAUUUGGAGCUAGGGAUUUUGUUUCAGUUCUUAUCUGGAUAUCUGAUGGUUCAAUCAAACAGUAGCCCUUGUGUAGUUGAAGAUAAAAUGUAUGCCAUUUGGGAAAUUCAGUUGACUUGGGAAGUGGCAAGAGUUCAUUUAUGUAGUCAGCAGCUUGGCUAAUCCUGUUUGCUGUGUCUUGUUCACUUUCCUAUUCCCUGCGUUGUGGAAAUGGUGUGUAGGUGUAUGUGAAAGCGAAAGAGUGUUCCCAACAGCUUUCAGCAGAGGAGUUCGCAAUUUUGCUUGCGAAGCACUUCACAGCGUUCUACCCGCAGGUAAAAAGUUUUAAGAGAUUUCGGCCUUAACUUUGUUAAGUACCCAUUUGACUUGUGUACCUGGUAGUUUGUUUCUUCUUGAUUUCUGUUGGAGAUUCGUUGUAACCAAUGUGGAAGGAGAAGUACAGUUUGGAGGUGAAAUUUUGUUUGAGAAGGCGUGGAAAUAGUUUGGGGUUAUUUUCUGGGUGGGUUCCUUUUGGGUUUUGUAGUGGACAGUAGUCACAUUCAGCAUGAGGUUAGAACAAGAUUUUGAAUGUGGUCCAUCCUCUUCAAUAGUUUUGUGUUGAGGUUCUGGCACUGCUGAAUCAAGUUUGCACUGAAAAAUUGGUUCUUGGGUCUGAACUGAAAAAUUGUCUCAAGUAUUUGACAGGUGACUUUUAUUUAUGCCCCCGUGGGACAUGUUUCUGGUCCUACUAAUGUUAAUGGGUUGGCCAUUUUCAAAUUGUGAUGCAGCAGCUGUUGUCAUUAUCUUUCCAGUUCUUAUCUUAUGAAUCAUGCCCCGUUUUCUGAUCAAUAACUAGUUUGUAUUGCAAAAUUUGUUAGGUAACAUCAGCAAUUGUCAAGAUAGUGGAGAAGCCAUGGGAGCGCAUCAACUUAAAUGGGCAACCACAUGAACAUGGUAUAGUACUGAAGUUUGUUGAGUAGAAUAGUGUGCGAAUUUCUAAAUUCUUUUUUGUGAACCAGCUAAGUUUAUGGUGGUCUGCUAUCCUUCCAUUGCAUCUUGUUGUCUUAAACAAAUAUUUACAUGCUUGUUGCAAACUAGCGAAAUAUGCACACCUUAUAUUUGUCAGCAUGCUGGUUAAAAGAGCUGCUAAUAUGCUGUUAUGUUGUCAAAGGUUUUAAACUUGGAAAUGAGAAACAUACAACAGAGGCCGUAGUCAAGAAGUCUGGUGGGUUGAAGUUGACUUCUGGAAUUGCAGGACUGUCUGUACUGAAAACUACCCAGGUAUUGUUUUGUGCUUUUCACUCUUUUCAGCUGUUGCAAUUGAGCCCUGGAAUCCGUGCAAUCACAAUGCAACCGUAAACUGAAAACACACUAUUCAGUACCAUUCAACCGAAGCAUAUGCAUGUAGGAUUUGUUUGACCUUAGCAAUUAUGUCUAUUAGAUCCAAUUUCAUGGGGUAGGUAGUCCCAAAUUCCUCUCUUCCAGGUUGAACAAACGAGGGCUUCUUUAGCCUUCCUUAGCUUGCUCCUGCUUUGAUUCUCUACAUGUGUCCAUUCGUUUCCAUCAGUUAUGCAAUCUUUGUGUUGUUGAUUGCUUGAUUUUAUGUGACUGAAAGAACAGUCAGGUUUUGAAGGGUUUGUCAGGGACCAGUAUACUGCUCUUCCUGAAACCCGUGAGAGGAUGCUGGCCACUGAAGUCACUGCCAUAUGGAGGUGAAUUUUGAGAUUGUUAACUGUGGUAUGUUUGCUUUUAUUCGUUGGAAGCUUCUUCUUAGUUCUUUCUGGAUCAAAUGUGGAUGCAGAUAUUCGUACGACUCCAUCUCCAAAGUCCCUCAGAAACCCCUUUACUUCAAUGAGAGAUAUUUGGAUGUGAAGAAUGUAGUUCUCAGCACGUUUUUUGGUCCUCCCAAGGGCGGAGUAUAUAGUGCUUCCGUUCAAAGCACUCUUUUCCAAAUAGAGAAGGCCGUACUGAUAAGGUUCUCUCUACUCUCCAAUGCUUUUACUGGUUUCAGUUAGGAAGUUCAGUGAUAUGGUACCCUAAAGUUUCCCUGAGAAUCAUUUUGUGUUUUUCUGGUCGUAUGCAGAUUCCCUGACAUAUCAUCUGUCCAACUGAAAAUGCCAAACAUCCACUUCUUACCCGUCAAUAUUUCAACCAAGGACAACACGAUUGUGAAGGUAAAGAUCCUCUUCCUCUUAAAAGCUAUUUCUGAUGCUUCAGAAAUAGGCUGUUGCACUUGGUUGGUCGUGUUGGAACUUGUUGGAACUUCUUUCCCCCGUGGAUUGAUUAUAGAGAAAAAUUCAUGGACUUGAAUUCUUCACCAAUAUGUGGCUCCCAUCUGUACUUUCUUCCUGGAAUUUUGACCGUGGAAUCGUGGUAUCUGCAGCCUACAGCUUUCCUUG